CCGCGCGCGCCGUUGAAGAAGGCCGUGUCGGCCUUCCUCCACUUCUGCAGCGAGCAGCGCGAGGCCGUCAAGGCCGAGAAGCCGGGCAUGAACGUCGGCGAGGUGACGAAGAUGCUCAGCGAGAAGUGGCGCGCGCUCGACGACGCGGGCAAGCAGAAGUACGUCGACAUCGCCGCCGCGGACAAGGCGCGCUACGAGCGGGAGAAGAAG